ACUACAUGCAUGUAGUAGUUGAACUACGUAGAAUGUUUACUGCGUGCACUGUUUUCAUUUGUGCGCUUAUCAUUUCGAAUGCGUAGCGUCGUCGGAACUUUCCAUCGCUGUUCGCUUUUUUUUCCCUGAUUGAAUAAUCGACGCGAAGAGCGCAAGCAUGGCUAACUUGAAACUGAUCAAAAACUUGAACUUGCCGACGAGGAUCAAUCGGUGCAUCUCAACGACGCCGACAAAACAAGAAUGGUUGUCAAAACUGAUGGUGCGCAAGAUAGAGCCGACGAAAGAGUCGCAUAGUCGCAUGCUGAGUGAUAAAGAAAUUGUGUAUUCGCUGCAAACACACAAUUAUCGGCCGGAUUGUAAAAAACAAUACUUAGAAAAUGUCAAAAAACACAUGCAAUUAUUCAACUCAAUCAAAGAAAUCAACGAUGGAGUGGACCUAGUAGGUUCCUGGACUGUCAACGUCGGCGACCAAGACCAAGCUCUGCAUUUAUGGCAAUUCCGCGGCGGGUUCCAAACAAUCGACGAAACCACGCAGAUUCUCGCCGAGAACUCCGACUACAUCAAACUACAAGAAGAACAAGCUAAACUAAUGCGUUCCAGACAUCUACAGUAUCUACUCGCAUUCAGUUACUGGCCAGGAAUAGAGAAAAAACCUGCGAAAAACAUCUACGAAAUACGUUCGUAUGCCCUCAAACCAGGCACCAUGAUUGAAUGGGGCAACAAUUGGGCCCGCGCCAUUAAAGUCAGACAAAACAACCAGGAACCCUUCGCUGGGUUCUUCAGUCAGAUUGGGAGACUGUAUAAUGUGCAUCACAUCUGGUGUUAUAAAGAUUUAAACACUCGUAAAGAAACCCGUGAAAGCGCAUGGCGCACACCCGGCUGGGAUGAGUGUGUUGCCUAUACUGUUCCAUUAAUCCGCGAGAUGCAUUGUCGUAUUCUGGUCCCCACCGAAUUCUCGCCGACACAAUAACAGGUAGGUACGCAGAGAUAUUUUUUGUAUCGAAAACAUAUAAUAUACACAAUGUUACAAUAAUAUAAAGCUAAUCUACGAA